GAAAAAAAAAAAAGAAAGAAAGUAAAAAAAAAAAGGAACGCCGUCCCCAAAUUGUUCCGACUGCGGGACCAAGCAGGGAUGGUGCACCCCGGCUGGGUCUGCCUGCUGCACAGCCUCCUCCUGCUGGCCAGAGCGCGGCAAAGCCGCGGCCCCGCCGGCGCCUGCCCGCUCCAAGGAAAGAGUGAUCUGAACUCCUUCCUGUGGACCAUCAAGAGAGAUCCCCCGUCUUACUUCUUCGGCACCAUCCAUGUCCCAUACACCCGUGUCUGGGAUUUUAUCCCAGAGAACUCCAAGAAGGCCUUUCAGCAGAGUCAUGUCGUGUACUUUGAGCUGGACCUCACCGACCCCUACACCAUCUCUGCUCUCACCAGCUGCCAGCUGCUGCCACAGGGGGAGAACCUUCAGGAUGUGCUGCCCCGUGACAUUUAUCGUCGGCUCAAGCAGCACCUGGAAUAUGUCAAGCUCAUGAUGCCAUCUUGGAUGACACCAGACCAGCGGGGCAAGGGGCUGUAUGCAGACUACCUCUUCAAUGCCAUUGCUGGCAACUGGGAGCGGAAGAGGCCGGUGUGGGUGAUGCUGAUGGUGAACUCUCUGACGGAGGUAGACAUCAAGUCUCGAGGAGUGCCUGUCCUGGAUCUGUACCUGGCCCAGGAAGCAGAGCGGCUUAGGAAGCAAACAGGUGCUGUAGAGAAGGUGGAGGAGCAGUGCCACCCACUGAACGGACUUAACUUCUCCCAGGUGAUCUUUGCUUUGAAUCAGACUCUCUUGCAGCAGGAGAGCCUCCGAGCAGGCAGUUUCCAGAUCCCCUAUACGACAGAAGAUCUUAUCAAGCAUUACAACUGUGGAGACCUCAGCUCCAUCAUCUUCAACCAUGACACUUCUCAAGUCCCUAAUUUCAUUAAUGCUACACUGCCAGCCCAUGAACGUAUUACUGCCCAAGAGAUAGACAGCUACUUUCGUCAGGAGCUCAUCUACAAGCGAAACGAGCGGAUGGGAAGGAGGGUGAAGGACCUGCUGGAAGAAUACCCUGACAAGAGCUUCUUUUUUGCAUUUGGAGCUGGUCACUUCAUGGGCAACAACACAGUUAUUGAUGUUUUGAGGAGAGAAGGGUAUGAUGUAGAGCACACUCCAGCUGGACAAGCCAUCAACAACGGAAAACUUCCCAAAACUUUGUUAGCCUUUGCAUCGUCCUCACCAGCACAUCACCCCUAUGUAGUGUCCCAGGAGCUCCCAGUGCCGCUGCAUACUCUGAAUGAGGAGGAGGAAGAGCUCUUGCCUCACCUGCUGCUCCCUGAUGGCAUCGAUGUGCUGGAGAAGGUAGAGAGGAAGUACAAAAAGAAGAAGAAGCAGCAGAAGAAGCAAAGACUGCGACAGUUUAAUGACCUAUGGGUUCGCUUUGAAGAAAGUGCUAAAGAACAUGCAAGCCCUGAGGCAUGACAGGAGAUCUGGAAAUGGGGAUUUCAACCCAAAGCAUGACGAGUUUAGAUGAAGAAUGGAGCAUGAUGUGGGGAGAAUGUUUACAUCUUCCUGGCAGUUUUCACCCAGAAGAGCUUUCUCACCUACAGGAAUUACUGAAGCCUGCAAAUAAACCUACUUUUCCCUUACAAGUUAUACUUAGCUCUGCAAAUGAAUGUGAACAUUAAUGUUUACCUUAUGUCAAAUAACACACAGACCUGAUGCUAGCUCUUCUUAUAUCUCUGCCAUGUUCAGGUUGAAAACAUGUUAUUUUUGUGGUGCUAUAAAUAAACAAAAAUAUCAAAAUGAUAGAGAGAAGAGCUGCAGUUCUUAAACUGAAGUUUCUAUAUUCAUUUUUCUCUCUCAAAAACAUAUUUCUUCCUGGUCCCUAAUGUCCUGAGUAUAACCCCUAUGCUGUGCUUUAUCAUGCCUCUUUGUCCCAGCCGUACUACUGCUUUGAUAGUACAUUGCUUACACAGGCUGCAAACAGGUGCAACAGCUUCUGGUUUUUUUGGUUGUUUUUUUUUCUGUUCCAAGCAUCAGCUUUUGUCAAACUUUUUAAAAUCAAAAUCUUUUCUGUCUUUCUUAGAGCAAUUUUUACUCCUCCUUCCAAACUAAGUGCACGUAGUUUGGGGGGAAAGUGAGACAAUUGCACAGAGGAUUUGCAUGACCACUGGCAGACAUAGACACACUCCAAGAUAUGCCAAUUCAACAGAUAGUUAUAUUGAUCAUGUCUGAUAUUGUGUUUUACUGUACAUUUAAUUCCAUAGAGUCACGGAAUCGUUUGAGUUGGAAGGAACUCUUAAAGGCCCUCUGGUCCAACUCCCCUGCAAUGUACAAGG